CCCUGAGCCCUCCCUGCCCCCAUCUCAGUGUUUCUCUUUGGUGGCCCUGAGUGCCCUCCUGAUAGAUAACAUCAGCUGGUGAUCUCCCCUCCACCCAAACUAACGGGUCUACCUAGCCAUGCAGGGAGGGCCCAAGGACCUCACACCCAGGAGGUCCCUCCAGCUGACAUUUCUUCAGUAUCUCCCAAACCUAGAUGUUCCCUCACUGCCACAUCUCAGUGGACCCAGAAUCUUCCAUUCUGCAGUCAGAGACCUAUCCCUAUACCCAAAGCUCUUGAUCUCUUCUCCCAGAGUCUCCAUCACAGUCCCCCAAAAGUCUAUGUCCAGACACCCUUACUGCCCUGCCUUACCCAAGUCCAAAGGUCCAAAACAUAACAUUAGAGGGUUUCAUGACUAAGAAAUUUCAAACUACAAAGCAAAGCCCUGUUUCUCUGUCCCUCUAGAAGUAAGGGGUGGGGUGUUCUGGAAUCUCUGGGAUCUUUAGCAUUUUUGCACCCAACUCCUCGAAGCAGGGGUAUGGCGGGUCACGUCCAUCACCUCACAGCACGGUCAUUUCUAACGGCUGCUACCACGGGGUGUCGGGGGGCGGGAGAGGGCAGAGGGGGAAUUGCAAAAUCCCGAUGUCCCCAACCUCAGAAACUACUGGUCCGGUGGGAACCAACAAUUUGGGCCUCCCGGCUGGUGGAACUAACCUCCUCCCGUUGGGUCCUUAAUAGGAUCCGUCCUGCACCGAGCCUCUGAGAUCCUCCCGGAACUCCGCUACCCUUUUUCUAUAUGAAUUGUUUCCAUAUGGGAAAUUUUUUCCACAUGGAGAGCUAGUGAGAGCGUUAUACCGAGAUGGCCUCCACCUGCCCAAAUCUGGAGGGGAAGGAAUCCCAAGAGCCAACCCUGCCCCUUUACCCUGUGGCUCGUUUCUCCUCAUACACAUCCCAAAUUUAGCCUAGAAGUGCAAGAAUCCUAAGUCUACAACUGCUCCUUCCUUCCUCCAGAACUACAUUUCCCAGAAGGCCUAGGGCAGAGCCCCGCCUGAAUGCGGUAAGCAACUGCCCGGCGGGGGCGGGCCUGAAGGCAGGGGGCGGAGCCGGGAGACCUCCGGCUGGUGGCCCUCCAGAGUCGCCCGGAGGUGGGCACAAAACAGCAGAAGAAAGAAUCAGGCAGGCCAGGUUCAGAUGCGCUUUGUUGGGUGGUCCUACUGCCCACUCCUUCCAUAACUGGGGGCUGAUGCCCCAGAACCCUCAGGAGAAGAGCCAAGCCUAUCCCCGCCGCCGCCCUGGGAGCCACACAGACCAUAAGAGUCCCAAGGCCACCGCAGGCGCAGCUAUGUACACCUUCUUGCCUGAUAACUUCUCGCCUGCCAAGCCCAAGCCGUCCAAAGAGCUGAAACCACUGCUAGGCUCUGCGGUGCUGGGGCUGCUGCUGGUGUUGGCGGCAGUGGUGGCCUGGUGCUACUACAGUGCCUCUUUACGCAAAGCAGAACGCCUGCGUGCGGAGCUGCUGGACCUCAAUCGAGGCGGCUUCUCCAUCCGCAACCAGAAGGGUGAGCAAGUCUUCCGACUGGCCUUCCGCUCAGGCAUGCUGGACCUUGACUCCUGCAGCCGCGACGGUGCCCUGCUCGGCUGUUCUCGCACAGCAGAUGGGCGCCCGCUGCACUUCUUUAUCCAGACUGUAAGGCCCAAGGACACGGUCAUGUGCUACCGUGUGCGCUGGGAGGAGGCAGCUCCAGGGCGCGCGGUGGAACACGCCAUGUUCCUGGGCGAUGCAGCGGCACACUGGUACGGCGGUGCUGAGAUGAGGACCCAGCACUGGCCUAUCCGCCUGGAUGGCCAGCAGGAGCCACAGCCCUUCGUCACCAGUGAUGUCUACUCCUCUGACGCCGCAUUCGGAGGCAUCCUCGAACGUUACUGGCUGUCAUCGCGUGCGGCUGCCAUCAAGGUCAACGACUCAGUGCCCUUCCACCUGGGCUGGAACAGCACCGAACGCUCGCUGCGGCUGCAGGCCCGCUACCAUGACACGCCCUACAAGCCACCUGCUGGCCGCUCCGCAGCACCAGAGCUCAGCUACCGUGUGUGUGUCGGCUCUGAUGUUACUUCAAUCCACAAAUACAUGGUUCGACGCUAUUUCAACAAACCGUCAAGGGUGCCAGCACCCGAGGCCUUCAGGGACCCCAUCUGGUCCACGUGGGUGCUGUAUGGGCGUGCCGUGAACCAGGACAAAGUGCAACGUUUCGCCCAGCAGAUCCGCCAGCACCGAUUCAACAGCAGCCACCUGGAAAUAGAUGACAUGUACACACCUGCCUAUGGAGACUUCGACUUCGACGAGGCCAAGUUCCCCAAUGCCACUGACAUGUUUCGCCGUCUGCGCGACGCCGGCUUUCGCGUCACGCUCUGGGUUCACCCGUUUGUGAACUACAACUCAUCGUGCUUUGGUGAGGGUGUAGAACGCGAGCUGUUCGUACGCGAACCCACUGGCCGGCUGCCCGCGCUUGUGCGCUGGUGGAAUGGCAUCGGCGCGGUGCUGGACUUCACACGCCCAGAGGCUCGUGACUGGUUCCAGGGACACCUGCGGCGGCUGCGCUCCCGCUAUGCUGUGGCUUCCUUCAAGUUUGAUGCAGGAGAGGUCAGCUAUUUGCCACGGGACUUUAGCACCUACAGGCCGCUGUCCGACCCCAGCAUAUGGAGCCGACGCUACACUGAAAUGGCACUGCCCUUCUUCUCUCUGGCAGAGGUUCGCGUGGGCUACCAGUCACAGAACAUCUCGUGCUUCUUCCGUCUAGUGGACCGCGACUCGGUGUGGGGCUAUGAUCUGGGGCUGCGCUCGCUCAUCCCCGCGGUGCUCACCGUCAGCAUGCUGGGCUACCCAUUCAUCCUGCCCGAUAUGGUGGGUGGAAAUGCAGUGUCUGAGCGCACAGUGGGUGGUAGCGAAGUGCCGGAGCGUGAGCUAUAUGUUCGCUGGCUGGAGGUGGCCGCCUUCAUGCCCGCUAUGCAGUUCUCAGUCCCACCUUGGCAAUAUGACGCCGAAGUGGUGGCUAUCGCGCACAAGUUUGCAGCGCUUAGGGCCUCACUCGUAGCGCCGCUAUUGCUUGAGCUGGCUGGUGAGGUCACCGACACAGGUGACCCCAUCGUGCGCCCCCUCUGGUGGAUUGCGCCAGGCGAUGAGACAGCACACCGCAUCGACUCGCAGUUCCUUAUCGGAGACACGCUGCUGGUGGCUCCAGUACUGGAGCCAGGCAAGCAGGAGCGAGAUGUCUACCUGCCUGCAGGCAAGUGGCGCAGCUAUAAGGGCGAGCUUUUUGACAAAACCCCAGUGCUGCUUACUGAUUACCCCGUGGACCUGGAUGAGGUUGCCUACUUCAUCUGGGCAUCCUGACCCAACCCAGGACCCAGGAAUCCCACAGCCCUAACCUCUGUCUUCAUGCAGGUGUUUAAUCCUCCAUCACAACCACACCGUGCAUCCCCAGGAAGGUCCCACCUCUGCAGUUCCCACUAAGUGGGUGCUGACAUAAAUGUGCUCUAGCCAGCUCCUGCAGGGCCAGGUGAGGGGGCGCUGAAGCAACUUCCCAUUUCAACGCACAAUCCUAAAGACACUCUUUCCCUCCAUGCUCACUGCAGUCUGCAGAAACCUCUUUCUGAGGUGGGAGCGAGAGAAUUCUGAGGUAAAAUGCCAGCUAUCUUCCUAUUACACAUGAUUGUGUUUUAAAAGCACAGAGAGAAACCUUACUGUCCGUCCUGGCCUGAAUGGCCAUCUUUGUCCUUCUGAGGUUGGGACUUAAUCCUUUUAAUGUCCCCAAAUAGCUCCCUGCCACACUUAGAAAGGCACAUUCUUGGUGUUGGAAGCCAGGCCCCGAGUUCCCAGCACUUGCCUGAAGUGUAUUGACCUGGUCCUACCCCAGCUAAGGAGAUGGGAUGGAGGUGUCUGGCCAACAGACAAGGAGGAUGGAGGUCCCAUCCCAGAGGAUAGAAGGACUGGGCACAGCACUGAGCCAUCAUUGUUGUCCCUCACUUGUGAAGAGACUCCUAAUGCUGCACUUACCCAUCUAUGUAAACACAUGGGCUCAGCCCUGGACCAGGGCCAUGGCCUAAUGGGCAAGGACUUGCAAGGCCAUGCAGGCCCAACUUGGUGCCUUAACUCAAGAACCUGUGUGUGUGUGUGUGUGUGUGUGUGUGAGAGAGAGAGAGAGAGAGAGAGAGAGGCACCAUGUGUUCCUGGAUCUAUGGAAUGAACACAAUACUUCUGAAGCUGGAUGAGCCUGGAAGGAGGGGACAGGAAGCAAAUUUGAGGUUUUGAUUGUUGAUCUGGCCCUCUCCUGGUUGAUGUCUCUAGGACUAUAGCAGGAAAUAAAUAGCGCUUUCAAGAUUUCUCAGCUGCCUCACUUCCUGCAUACAUGGCAGGGGUGUGGCGUCAAAGGGAGCGAGCAGUGUUCUUUUUCUGAUGUGGUGUGCUUUGGCACGUGAACUACAUUCGCACAUCGACACCUGUAAAUACACAUACAGGGUAAGGUGUUUCAUUUCAGCCGUUUUCCCUUUCUAAGAAGAGCAACCUCAGCCAGAGUAAAUCUCCCUGACUUUGCAGCUGAGUCUGAAGAAGUGGCUUGCCAGAGCGGGGAGGUAGGAAACAGGGCAGGGCUCAGCUUCCCUCAACUCCUAAAGAAUGCAUCCUUUUGUCCACUCCUCUACCCCCUCUAUUUCCCCAGUGUGAAGAAUGCCUAAUGAAAGUUUGGGGGCACUCACAGAUGUCUAUCUUGAGUGCUGAUUUUACCACUUGUCUAUAAGCUGUGUGAUUUUAAGCAAGCUGCUUAUACUUAUUGAACCUCAGUUUCCUCAUAUGUAAAAUGGUGAUGAUAAUGCCUACCUCCCAGGAUAUUGUGGGAAUUAUAAGUACAGAUGUAUGUAAA